UCGAGGAGGGAGGUGUGGGGGCUGAGCUAACCAUGUACAGUCGGCGCAACAACCUGCGCCUGCAGCAGACAGCACCUAAGACCCUGAGCCUGGAGGUGGUGUCCUCGCACGACAGGGUCGCUGUCACGGUCGAUGGUGCAACUAUCGUGGAGAGCGCCGGCGACGACGGUAGCGGCGUGGGCCGCGGGAUCCACGUGGUGGUGCUGCACCAGACCACGGGCGCCGUGAUGGCCACGCGCGUGUUCGACACCUACUCCCCCCACGAGGACGAUGCCCUCGCCCUCUUCCUCAGCAUGCUGGCGCCUGGUCGUAUCAUCGUCUUCGCUCUCAAGGACGAGGGUUCGUACAACCUGCGCGGUGGCGUACGAACAGCCCUGGCUCAGCUAGGCUCUACGAAGUCCCGGGACUUAUCAUGGCGGGACAUGUGGGCCUGUGUCACCAUCAAACCUGGUCCCAGGGUCGAGCCUUCAAGUCCUCAGGUUGAAAUCAUCGCCGAUAUCAGCCACAACGAAGUUUUAAACAUUCAUUACCCUGUAGGAGGGCUACACGAGACCGGCCAGAACACCGUCAGGAGCAAGAAGAAGGCGAACAAAUCCUCCCCUCGGCGCCCAACUUUGGCCAUCGCUGAGGAACUCAGCAGAAGCCCUGACUUCAAUUCCUGGGGCAAGCCUGUUGUGCUCAGGGCUGAGGUGCCGCUAGUGGCAGCACACGAAAGCGAGUGCGCGUGGCCGGACACAGACGAGCACCGCAGGCGACGCGACUUCUGCGGCCACAUCGAAGGCUACGGCUCCGUCUGCGCCUGCGACGAGCCUGCGCCGCUCGCCUUCUCGACUGAACAACUUCUCAACAACCGAGUGCACGACGUACCUGUCACCAUCAUCGCCAGCAACCGCCCUCACUACCUCUACAGGUGCCUGCGGUCGCUGCUGGGCGCCCCUGGCGUGAACCCGUCGCUGGUGACUGUCUUCAUUGACGGUUACUACGAGGAGCCUCUCGCCGUCACGCGCCUCUUUGGCCUCAGAGGCAUCCAGCACACGCCUCUCGGGGUUCGCAACGCGCGCAUCUCGCAGCACUACAAAGCCUCCCUCACCGCCACCUUCAACAUCUUCCCCAGCGCGCGCCACGCCAUCAUCCUCGAAGAGGAUCUCGACGUGUCUCCUGACUUCUUCAGCUACUUCAGCCAGACGUUGUUCCUGUUAGACGAAGACCCGACGUUGUACUGCAUUAGUGCGUGGAACGACCAGGGCUACGAGCACACGAGCGGCGACCCUGCGUUGCUGUACCGCGUGGACACAAUGCCGGGUCUGGGGUGGCUGCUGUCCCGGGACCUCUACAAGCACGAGCUCGAGCCUGUCUGGCCCACGCCUGAGAAGAUGUGGGACUGGGACAUGUGGAUGCGGCUUCCCGACAUCCGCAAGUCCCGGGAAUGCAUCGUCCCGGACGUGUCCCGGACUUACCACUUCGGGUCCUCGGGACUCAACAUGAACUCCUUCUUCCAGGACGCGUAUUUCAAGAAGCACGCAUUCAGCACCGCUCGAUAUGUCGAGCUCAGGGAUGUCACCAAGAUGAAGGCGGCUGACUACGAGGAGCUGAUGCAGGACCUGAUACGUCAGGGCACGACCCUGGACCCCAGCAGGGGCGGUGACCCCUGCAGGGAGGGGUUCGUGCCCCCGCCCUCCGCCCUGGACACGACGACCUACGUCCUGUACAUCACCAUGGCCUCCCAGCAAGACUUUGCUGCCUGGCUGCACCUGGCCAAGUGCUGGCACAUCUGGGACCUGGACGGCCGUGGCUCCCACAAGGGCGCGUGGCGCCUGCACAUGAACGGCUCCCCUCUCGUGGUCGUGGGCACCCCACACUCCCCUUACUCAACUUUCCAGCCCAAAGACGUUGCAUCUUUCAAUACAACACAGGUCUCUAAACCUGCAUCUAAUCUGGAGCUCGGCGGUAACGACGUGCAGACAAGAUAACCUUCAUGUCAAGUUUUCAUCAGUCGAAAGCUUGUCCCUCAAUGCAAAUAACGUUGAAAAUGCAUUGAUUACGAGUUAAGCAACGUAUAAUGCACGUUAAUUCAACGUCAAAUGCCUGUAGGGUAGCUGGCACGUCGCGUGUUAAAUCAAUAAAAUGCGUGGACUUACAAGCAGUUCUGACUGGCGUACGCUCUAUUGCAUUAUAAUAAUAGUACGAUGUUGCAUUUAUCCGAUGUACGUUGUGAGUAUUAUUACCUUAUUGGAUCUUAACUGCAUUUCAUCUGAUACCCAUUCUGUCAUAAUUUGAUUUGAUUGACUGAUUUAGAGGAUGUUUUUGUUUGAGUUGGAAAUGAAGAUAUAAUUGAAAUGCUUAUUUCAGUUAUGGCCAUUGAGCUUCUAGUAGGAUUAGACUACUGUUCGCAAGGCAUAUUGUUGGUAUCGAACAUAGUUCGGUGAUAUUUUAAGUUGUUAAAUACACAUUAUGUUGCGUAGAAUUGAAUCAAAGUUGCGUAAAUACUUAAGAAACAUUGUAAUUUUUCACCAAAAAUAUGAUUACCAAAAAAUUAGAUUAUGUGAAAUUGUAUCGUAAUUAUAACCAACUUUAAACGGUCUCUCAAUUACUUGGUUGCAUUUAAUGGAGUACUCGGUCAGUGCGGUUGACUCGUUCGGUGCGUCCGUUGCCUAUUGUUAAUGCGUAGAUAUUGUAUCGUGAUCCAUGAUCAGGUUGAAAUCAUUUAAAGUGCCUGUAUUAAUUUACAAUUAUGCAUUGUGUUAAUAAGUAAGAGUAGUUGGUCUUGUGGAAAUAAUUCACGAGCUGCCAACGCUAAACUUUGUUAUUGCUGGAAAUUUUGUAGUUAAUGAAUUAAAACCUGUAGUUAAACUAACGGACAAAAGGGUUCACUGGAUAAAAAUCAGUGAGGAGUGAAGUCAAAUAAUAAUCUUAACAAUAAUAUUGUAAUUGGUUUA